AUGAAGGAAUCUAGGAGGGGUGAGGAGCAGAGUACAGAGGACAUUCCUACAGAUAACCGCCAAGAUGACUGUACCAGGAACUCCGAAAAACAUCUGGUAUAUUCACAUUUUAAAGUAGAUGAUUGUGGUAUCACACAAGAUACAUAUGAAGAGCAUGCCAACAUCCAAGAUAUAUCAUCAUCCAAUCAGAGCAACAAUACAUCAUUUGAUCCUUUUAAACAGCUCCAAUCUUCUGAUUCAAGAAGAGGUGUUAAACAUGAAACAGCUCACAUAAGAGAGAAGCCAUUUUCUUGUUUGGAAUGUGGGAAAUGUUUUUACCAUAAAUCAAAUCUUGUUAUGCAUCAGAGAAGUCACACAGGGAAGUAUCCAUUUUCAUGUUCAGAAUGUAGGAAAUGUUUUCACCACAAAUCAUCUCUUGAUACACAUCAGAGAAUUCACACAGGGGAGAAGCCAUUUUCAUGUUCUGAAUGUGGUAAAGGUUUUAAGCAGAAAUCAGCUCUUGUUACACAUCAGAGAAUUCACACAGGGGAGAAGCCAUUUUCAUGUUCAAAAUGUGGGAAAUGCUUUAAGCAUAAAUCAGCUAUUGUUGCACAUCAGAGAGUUCACAUAGGGGAGAAGCCAUUUUCAUGUUUAGAAUGUGGGAAAUGUUUUCACCAGAAUUCUGACCUGGUUAUUCAUCAGAGAAUUCACACAGGGGAGAAGCCAUUUUCAUGUUCAGAAUGUGGGAAAGGUUUUCACUCUAAUUCAUCUCUUCUUACACAUCAGAGAAUUCACACAGGAGAGAAGCCAUUUUCAUGUUCAGAAUGUGGGAAAUGUUUUCACCAGAAUUCAGAUCUUGUUAUUCAUCAGAGAGUUCACACUGGAGAGAAACCAUUUUCAUGUCCAGAAUGUGGGAAAUGUUUUCACUGUAAUUCAAAUCUUCUUAAACAUCAGAUAAUUCACAGAGUUGAGAAGCCAUUUUCAUGUUCAGAAUGUGGAAAAUGUUUUCACCGUAAUUCAUAUCUUCUUAAACAUCAGAGAAUUCACACAGGAGAGAAGCCAUUUUCAUGCUCAGAAUGUGGAAAAUGUUUUUAUCAGAAUUCAGAUCUUGUUGUUCAUCAGAGAAUUCACACAGGGGAGAAGCCAUUUUCAUGUUCAGAAUGUGGGAAAUGUUUUCACAAGAAAUCAUAUCUUGUUAAUCAUCAGAGAAAUCACACCGGGGAGAAGCCAUUUUCAUGUUCAGAAUGUGCGAAAUGUUUUAACCAGAAAUCAGACCUUGUUAAUCAUCAGAGAAUUCACACAGGGGAGAAGCCAUUUUCAUGUUCAGAAUGUGGGAAAUGUUUUCAUAAGAAAUCACAUCUUGUUAAUCAUCAGAGAAGUCACAUAGGGGAGAAGCCAUUUUCAUGUUCAGACUGUGGAAAAAGUUUUAAACACAAAUCAACUCUUAUUGUACAUCAGAGAAUUCACACAGGGGAGAAGCCAUAUUCAUGUUUAGAAUGUGGUAAAAGUUUUAAGCAUAAAUCAGCUCUUGUUGUGCAUCAGAGAAUUCACACAGGAGAGAAGCCAUUAUUAUGUUCAGAAUGUGGGAAAUGUUUUAAGAAAAAAUCAGCUCUUGUUACACAUCAAAAAACUCACACAGAAGAGAAGCCAUCUUUAUACUUAGCCCAUUAGUGACCACCAGGGGCGUACAUAGAAAUCUUUGGGUCCCAUAGCAAGAAUCUGAAUUGGGCCCACCUAACCCCGCCCACUACCCACUCCUGGCCCAUCCCACCUUCUGUCCUG